AUGGCAUGGGUGCGCGGGCGCAUGCUGUGCGGUGGGGAGCGCACCGUGCACGUUGCAAUAAAAGUAAAUCAGUCCUGCACCGGAUUAAAAGCUUGUCGGUGGGGCGGAGGCCGAGGUAAGGGGUGCGGCGCGAGGGGGCACGCGCCCGGCGGCAGUACGAGCGCGCGGCCCGAGGCGAGCGCACGAUGCGCUGGUGGAGCGAGGCGCGCGCCACCCGUGGCGGCAUGCGGCAGGCGCGCGCGCCGCGGCGCCCCGCGCUGCGUUGAUCCGAUGCGCCGCGCGCCGAGUCCGCGGCGACAGCCGCUGCUGCUCGCCCUCGCCCUCGCCUGCCUGCUGCGCUGCGCGGCGGGGGCGGGCGUGUUCGAGCUGCAGAUUUUAGAGUUCUCCAACUAUCGCGCGGAGGUGUCAUCGGGCGGGUGCUGCGGCGGCGCCUCCCCCUCUUCUGCUUCGCUAGUGUCGCCCGCCGGUGCUCCGGCGGCAGCACCGCGCGCCUGCUCUGCACCUUGCCGCACGCGAUUCACGCUCUGCCUGAAGGAGUACCAGUCCGCGGCGGCGCCGGGCGCUUGUUCGUUUGGCCGAGCGGCUUCCCCUGUGCUCGGCACUGACUCUUUCACGCUUGUCGAACCGCUCUACACACUUGCAUUACCCUUUUCUUUCCGCUGGACGCGAUCGUUUACAUUGAUACUGCAGGCGUUUGAUGACUACGAAUACCCGGAACCAGAAGCCGGUCUGAUCGAGGAGGCGUGGUGGUCUGGCAUCGUGGAGCCGAGCGCGGAAUGGCACGCCUUGCAGCACGCCGGUUCGACAGCGGCGGUGGCGUAUCGAGUGCGCGUGCUGUGCCAACCCAACUACUACAACACAACGUGCACCACCUUCUGCCGGCCGCGUGACGACAAGUUUGGCCAUUACUCCUGCACUGACGAGGGCGACAAGCGUUGCUUGCCGGGCUGGCAGGGAGACAACUGCGAGAAACCCGUGUGCAAAGAAGGUUGUCAUCCUACGCAUGGGCGUUGCGAUCGUCCCGGUGACUGCGACUGUCGACCGGGGUGGCGCGGUGAGCUGUGCUCCCAAUGCCAGCCGUACCCCGGCUGUAAGCACGGCUACUGCAACGGUUCCUCCUGGGACUGCACCUGCGAUACUAAUUGGGGCGGUAUUCUCUGUGAUCAAGAUCUCAACUAUUGUGGCACGCACGAGCCGUGCCAGCACGGCGGGACGUGUGAAAAUACAGCGCCAGACCAGUAUUUAUGCCGCUGCGCCGAAGGUUUCUCCGGAGUGGACUGCGAGCGCGUUGACAACCCCUGCGCUCCACAGCCCUGCGUGCACGGCGAGUGCUCGCUCAGUGCUUCGCCACGUGGAUUCGUUUGCGAAUGCGCACGAGGUUGGGGUGGGGCACUUUGCGAUCAGGACGUGGACGACUGCGCCAGUGGACCUUGUAACAACGGCGCUACUUGCCGCGAUCAGCUAGACGCCUUCCUAUGCGAGUGCUCUACCGGCUGGACCGGGCCUACCUGCUCUGAAGACGUGAACGAAUGUGAGCAACAGAGCGGCGAAAGGACACCAGGAGGUGCGGCAAGUACAAGUGUGGCGGAGGGCACGCUCGGGCCGUGUGUGAAUGCGGCCUCGUGCAACAACACUCUCGGUGGCUACACGUGCAGUUGUCUGGCGGGGUGGACCGGGCGCGAUUGCGAAACCAACGUGGACGACUGCACCGGUCAGUGUCUGAACGGGGCUACGUGCAUCGAUCUGGUGGACGACUUCCACUGCGCGUGCGCAGCAGGCUACGCAGGGCGCACGUGCGCACGGGACGUGGAUGACUGUGCGCCGCGCCCCUGCCGCCACGGCGGGGAGUGUGUCGACUUGCUUAACGACUACCGCUGCAUCUGUCCCGUUGGCUUCUCCGGCACCAACUGCGAGGACGACCGUGACCACUGUGCAGGCGCACCGUGUGGCAACGGCGCCGCGUGUUACACCGCGCAGAGCGACUACUACUGCCACUGCGCGCCCGGCUGGACCGGCAAAAAUUGCACCACGCGCGCCGCUCGCGAACAAAGUGACAUGUGCGGGGCCGGAGUGUGCGCACACGGGCGCUGCGUGCGAGCAGCGGGCGCGGCGCCGCGCUGUGCGUGCGAGCCGGGCCACGUGGGCGCGCUGUGCGACGUGCGCGUCCCGCUCGAGCCCUGCGCCUCCAACCCGUGCCGCAACAACGCCACCUGCCGCGACACGGCCCUCGACUUCACCUGCAUCUGUCGCGAUGGCUGGACUGGUAAAACAUGCACUGUGCACAUCGAAGAAAUAGACGUAUGUCCCGAGGGUACUUGCGCAAACGGUGGAACGUGUAUGCGGGAUGGCGUCUCAUGGCGGUGCGCGUGUGCUGCCGGUUGGGGAGGUACCACCUGUGAAACGAGCUCGGUUGCGACACCUCUGGCUCCACCCGCCGCACCUCCUUGCCCGUGCGCAGCGGGCGGCACUUGUGUUCCCAGCCCCACGCCGCCAGGGUGGGCUUGUGUUUGUCGCGAAGGCCGCACGGGCUCGCGCUGCGAGUUGACGAUGGACUCAUGUGUAUCCUCGCCGUGCCGCAACGGGGGACGCUGCGUAGGUGGAGCCGGCUGGUGGGCCUGCGAAUGUCCGGCGGGCUGGACUGGGGACACUUGCGCGAUACGUGUACCGGCACCCGCAUCGUGCUCACCGGCGUGUCCGUCGGGCGCGGCGUGCGUUCCCGACGCGCGUAACCCUGAACGUGCUGCUCGUUGCGUGUGUCCACCGCCGCCGCAGCGUGCCGCUCGACGCUGCCUCGAGAUGUUGGCGGGGCUGGGAGCCGACGGCGCUGAAGGGAGUGAGGGCGGCGAGAGCGGCGACGGGCUAGACGACGGCGUGGACAGCGAGCCGGGCGCGUGCGGCGCCGACAACGGAACCUGGUGGUGGGGCUGCAACGCGUGUUGGUGCGACGCGGGCGCGCCCGCCUGCACUCGCCUGUGGUGCGGCCUACCCGACUGCCACGGGCAGCACGCCCAACCCUGUCGAACCGACGAAGUAUGCGUCCCGGCCGCACCCACGCUGUGCCUGCGUGCGCCAUGCGCUCCCAUUGGCGAGUGUCGCCGUGUGUCAGGCCGCCGCGUGGAACCUCCAGCAUUGCCUGCACCUCCCUCCUGUUGGCCUGGAUCUCGCUCGGCACGCUUGCCAGCCGGUUGUGCACGCGCCAGUCUACAGCUCGCGCGGGAGCGACUGGCGCGUGGCGCCCACGUGGAACGCGCCUGUGCGGCUCUGCGCCGGGCGCUCGCUGCGGCGCUCGCAGCGCGUGCUCCACCUGCGCCUCCCCUAGCCUUGCUGUGUGACCUAGCACCCGACGACGACGAUGCGCUCGACCUCGCGCUGUGGAUCGGCGACGAGGUAGGCUCCGACGGCGCGGAACGUGCCGAAGCGCUGGGUGCCGCCGUGCGGGCGCUAAGCGAGCUCGUAUCGCGACGGCGACUGGCGCACCACGCCCUUCUCGGCGCUGCGCUUCGUCUGCGCGUACCUCACGCGUCUACGCCCGCCGCUGCCGUAGAUGAUAACGUAGGGCCCAACACCCUAGCACUUACGUUGGGCGGCCUGGCUCUAUCGGUGUUGGCAGUUGGAGCGGUGGGUGCAGUGCUUUUGGUGAAGAAAAGGCGUGUCGCCGCGGCAGCUGAGCGCUCGAGGCGCUGCGACGAGGAAAAGUCCAACAAUCUGCAAAACGAAGAGAAUCUGCGUCGGUACGCAAACCCGCUGCGCGAGGAGCCGCGGGGCGGAGGCACGGGGGGCGCGGGGGGCGGGCGCCGGCAGGACGAGCUGCCGCGCGCGCACUCGCUGUACAAGGCGCAGAACGCGGACGCGCGCAACGACACGCCGCCGCGCGACAAGGAGCUGACGAAGCGCGCGCUGCCGCCGCCCGAGCCGCCGCCCGUUCGCAUGCAGCCGCCGGAGCGGCUCACCGUGCUCGUGUGA